AUGGCCGAUCAGCUCACCGAGGAGCAAAUUGCAGAAUUCAAAGAAGCAUUUUCCUUGUUCGAUAAAGAUGGCGAUGGUACAAUUACAACAAAAGAAUUGGGUACGGUUAUGCGAUCGCUAGGCCAGAAUCCGACUGAAGCAGAAUUACAGGAUAUGAUCAACGAAGUUGAUGCUGAUGGUAACGGAACGAUUGAUUUCCCGGAAUUCCUCACCAUGAUGGCACGGAAAAUGAAGGAUACAGAUAGCGAAGAAGAGAUCCGUGAAGCCUUUCGAGUAUUCGACAAGGAUGGUAAUGGUUUCAUAUCUGCAGCCGAAUUACGUCAUGUUAUGACUAAUCUUGGUGAAAAACUGACCGAUGAGGAAGUGGAUGAAAUGAUUAGGGAAGCUGAUAUUGAUGGUGAUGGUCAGGUCAAUUACGAAGAGUUUGUGACUAUGAUGACAACAAAAUGA